GCAAUAAGACUAGUUGAGUUGAGUUGAGUUGUUGAAACAGACUGCCAUUGAGAAGGUAGAGCUAACAAGCAGCACAUCUUUAGAAAAUAAGGAGAGCGACAGUAUUUUAAAGUGCCAAUAUUUUUGUAAAUGCAGCGGCUUUGAUAAAAGGCACUGUUUUUUGUGUAUAGAGGAAUUCGUGUAACCCAAAUAAUAUACUUUUCCAAGAAGCUUGGUAUGGCACAGUGUUCUUGAAGAAACCAUUUGGAGUACAAUGCCAAGACAGUAUAUUGACUCCAAUUCAGAAACAAUGGAAUAUCAGAUUGCCCCAAAAUCUCGGCUGCAUUUUGGUAUGAAUGGAAGCCAUGACGGUGUCAGAACAAAAUCUCUUUCACGGAGCUCCACCCUUGAGGAUGAUGCCCUAAAGUCCCUUACUCGUGAGGAAAAGGAGUGCCUAAUGUUCUUUGAGGAAACCAUCGAUUCUUUGGAAAGUUCUUUGGAAAAACAAGACCUGUCUUCUGGGGACAGUACUCCUGUGAAUGACAGGUCUACCCCGACUUUUAUAGAGGAAAGAGCUCCAAGCCCAAAAGAAGAAAUCAUUGAUUUGGUUCAAAUAAACCCUGAACAAGCAGAAUACAGAAAUACUAUUAACCAUUCCCCAUUGCCAGUCGGGAAGAUCUACACAAAGCAGCAGGAUGAAUUUAAACUAAAACAGGAGAUAACUGAAAACGACCACCCUUUAGACUACUACCCUCCUCCCCCACCUAUGGUAACAUCUCCAAAGUGGGACAGACCCUUGCCAGCCACCCUGACAGACCAGAGCCAGCACACGUUUGCUUAUUUUCACCCUAUAGGCUCUAUUCCCACUCCUGUUGUAAUUGCCCAGAAGAUUGCAGAGAGAAAGGCAGGGAAUGGGCACACGUCUCAAACCUCAAUUCUGGAUGAGAGGAGAAGGAGUUUUGAAAGUGACAAAAGUCCUCCCUUAUCUGCUGACAACUCGGGCAGACUAGGGACUGUUCCAAAGCCUGGUAGGUUUCCAAGCAACAUCAUUAUCAUGGGGAGUGGCAAGGAAUAUAACCAGACCAUCUCAAAAGCCUCUGUCAAUGUGCAGGAACGGAAAGUACAGAUGUUAGCCAACCUAACCGGGGCUCCCCACUUUUCUCCUGAACCUGAGGAGAUGGCAGUGAGAAUGACCCCAAACAGGAGCUUAUCGUUUAGAGACCCAGCACCUGAACAAACCAGGACUGAAGCUCUGUCCAAACUGGGUCUCGUGAAAGAGAAGACCCUAACUGAUCACCACAGGCAGACUGGCAACAGGUCUGUGGUUAUGUACCCCAGUCAGGUUCCUUCAAGCAAAACGGAGACAUUGUCUAAUGGACCUCAAAAUGAUCAAAACAUUGCCAAAAAAGGAGCUUCAACCGAUCACCAUGGAAUGAGUGGUUACAAGUCCAUAGUUGUGAACCCCGGUCAAGUUCUUUCAAGCAAAACUCAAACAGUUUCUAAUGCACCUCAAAGUGAUUACAGCAGUGCCAAAAAAGGAGCUUCAGCUAGUCUAUAUGCUCAGAGUGAUUACAAGUCCAAGAUUGUGAAACCAAGUCAAGCCUUUCCUAGCAAAACUGAGGCAUUGUCUGAUGGACCUCCAAGAGAUCAAAACAUUGCCAGAAAAGGAGCCUCUGCUGAUCACCAUGGGGUAACUGGUUACAAGUCCAUGGUUGUGCCCCCCAGUUACAGUCCUUCAAUCAACACUGAGAUUACGUCCAACGCACCUCAAAACAGUGACAGUUGUGCUGAAACAGGAGCUCUGCCUGCUUACUCAAGGGUGAAGUCAGUCACAUUUGGACCAAAUGCCCGUUCCACAGGAAUGUUUUCUCACCACAAUGGAUCCAAGAGUUUUAGUGGAAACAAAAGCAGGUCCCUAGACAUAAAGAGGACUUGCUCUAUACCCAAAACAUCUGGUUUUAGACCACAAGGAGUUACAGUUCAGUUCUCUGGCCGCGGUUCCACUGAUGAAUCAAGAAGGGAAGCCCUGAGAAAACUCGGUCUUCUAAAAUAAAUAUUUCUUUAUUGGGAAAAGAAAUGCACAUACUUGUACAGUAUGUGAGUUUUGGGUCAACAGGUGCAGUGGUGUGGUCAUGAAAAAAAUCCGGUAUGUACUGAAAAACAUAUUGAAAACCUGAAUGAUGAAAAUGGAGAUCCGUGCAGAUUUGGUUAUGUAGCUUAUGAAGAUUAUCCAAUUAGGUGGCUGAAAUACCUAAAAGAAAGGAUUCGAGACUAAAGGAUCUUUUUGUGCCUUGGUUAUUACUAUUAUUGAGAUCACCCAAUAUGUUCUCAAAAGGUCAACUGCAGAGACUUACUGGUGUUAAAUAAUAAUGUUUAUAGAUGCAGCUUUCAUCAUAAUUAGAAUUUCUGAUUUUCGGUUUUAACCGAUAAAACCCGAUAAAACACCCCCGAUCCAAAAAAAAAAAAAAAAUGAAAUCGGUGGAUAGCCAAUAAACACCGGAAAGCACUGAAAAAACCUGUGGAAAUGGUUAAUCAAUUCACCUUGACUUUACACUAUUCCCAUUAAAAAAUAAAAUCUACUACAAAAAUAAUAAUAAAUACAUUUUCCAGUGCUGCUGGGCAAUAUCCCGCCUUCCUGACUUGCACCUAUCAUUGAUUCGUUCUCAAAACAUUAAACCUGCCCCAACUACUGAAGGACAUCACAUUCCUACAUUUCUAUUGGAGACUCUGCUUGUGAGAUUUAAAACAAGAUUACAAGAGGGGCGGAAGAGAAAGUGUGAUAUUAAGCUGUGAUGAUGUAAAAUGAAGCCACUUGAACAAGUGACAUAACGACUGUGACAGAUCUAUCAUUGCUGUAUACUCCAAAGCAUUGUUUAAAGGCAUAUGUAGGUUAUGUUUGUGUACGACACAAAAAAAGUUAGUUGCUUUUAUGAAGUUAAUCUAUGGUUUACUAUUACCUAGUAAAUGGCAUUGUGGUGCAGCACUGCUUUAAUACCGUUCCAGAGUAAAGGGAAUUUUCUUUUUGCAUGAUUUCCUCAAAAUAAGUUUUGUUUAGCAUAUAAAAGAGUUAACCCACAUAACAAUCCAUAGGUGCAAUGGUGUGCAUUUUGUAGUUGAUCAAUAGAGACUUAACAUUUUCAAAUCUAUGGCAGGAAUUCUAAUAGCAUUACAGAACUUAUUUACAUAAUACUAUUUACUGUUUACAGCUGCAAUUCUUUUAAAUUAAAAUCAAUUUGAUUGGGUUUAAUGUACCUAUACAUGAUUCUGUAAAUUUUACUGCAUCCUGCUUUCUCUCAGGUUUUACCAAAAAGACUUCUCUGAAUAAAUGUAAUUGCAUCUGUUACUACACUAUUAUAUAUCUGUAUUGGUCACCAACAUUGUUGGUAACAAAAUGCAACACGUAUUAAUUAUGUUGGUUUCACCUAAAAAAAUAAAUAAAUAAUAAAUCACUGCCUAAAUAUUACUGUAGGUCUUAAUUGAGCACUUUCAGGGAUGAAAGUAAGGCUCCUAUUGCAUAUCAGUUUGAUCCAUUCCUGGUUUUACUAAGUUUAACAAGAUACCUGAGCUUGUUACCAAUACACUAUGGCUCCCCAAGCUUGUAUUAAAACCUGAAAUGGAUGAAACUGCUAUGCAUGGCUGUCUCUGGUCAUCUGCUGUUAAACUGAUACUAUAGCUGUAUAUCGUAUGUGUUGUUUACCAAAUCGUAGACCUAUAUGUAGCACUGAAAACAGAAGCAAGUUUAAUAUAUCUAUUUUUUUAAAAUAUCGAUUAGUUUAUUUUGGGUCUUCUACAACAACAAAAAAAAUCUGAUAUAAAUAUAUACUUUCCAUAAUAACCUACACAUCAUAUCUGUAUGUAUUUUAAUGGGGAUUCGUGCUAAAUGUAUAUGUCCUCUUCCCUGUGUAUUGCUUUAGUUGUGUUUUCUUCAAAAAUAAACAUUUAUUAAUGGAAUAUAAAGGGAAUGGUGUAUAUAUACAUAUUUACAUAUAUGUGGUAGUAUAUUCUUGUAUUCACUUUUAGUAGGUAACCAUUUACAGGCCUGUAUUCUAUAUUGUAAAAUAUAUAACAUUGUUUAUAAAGUGAAAUUGAUAAUAACAAAGUUAAAUACAUUUUGUAUUCUUAAUAUCAAUGUUUUUGUAUAAUUCUUUUAUUAAAAAAAAAAUAUGUGUUUGGCCUAAUGGUACCAAGGACCUGUGAUCUUAGGUUUGAAUACACAGUGUUACAAUUUUUUAUUUUUUAUUUUUUGGUUCCUGGGUAGUAAGUGUUAUUUCCUAAUUGCUUAUGCCUCAAAAGUAUAGAAAAUGGCUAUUAUUCCCCACAAACUUUGCUUUUUGUGACCAGGACAGUGAUAUUUAGAAAUUUACCUAUUUUCCAGAACAUUCCAGAUAGAUUCAGUGCUGAGUAAACUUGGAGUAACUUCUAGAACUUUCCAGUAAUAUAAAUAGUAGUAUAAAUACAGGGGCCUUAAGCCCACCAGUUCAGUUUAGUUCCAGCUGCCUAAGUGGAUACAUAUCUGCAUUUUUCUGAGAUCGCAUCAAGAGGCUGCAAGCAUCCGGCAGACGCAUUUUGCUAUGUCUGCGGCCAAUUUAUCAAGACAAGAGCGAAAAAGUACUUCGUGGGAACAUCUGCUAAGAUGUGUGAGGCCUACAAGGCAUAUUUCGGCAUGCCUGUCGGGGAUCAAGACAAACCCUGGGCACCUCAUUUCACCUGCGAGCAAAAAAACUCUGGAAGGGAAGAUGGACAAUUGUUGCUCGGAAUUUUAUGUUAUAAAAUUUGUUAAUUUUUAAAAUUGUAAAAGUUUUUAAUUUUAAAAUGUUUUACAAUUUUCAAUGUUAUUGAAAAAAUAUAUCAUAUAUGAAAAAUGUUGUGAGAAUCUCUUACACAUUAGUCAUGGGUGAAAUAAAUGUAUUUUUGUAGGAUGGUACAGAGGGGAAAAGAGAGCCAUGAAGUUCACUAUCCCAAGAAUUUGGCGGGAACCCACUGAUCACUCAAGCAACUGCUAUUUCUGCAUGGUGGACCCUUCCAAACGUCGGACUGGCAAGAAUGCACCUGCUAUCACGUAUCCGGACCUUCCUUCAUCCAUCGCCCUGGUGCCACACUGCCAUAAGCUCCCCGUACCCACUCCUCCGGAGAGAGAUUAGCCGUCUUUAGAAGAGAGCAGCAAGUCGGAGAGCGAGGAAGACGUUGUAGAUCCAGAUGACAAUUUCAGAGGUGGAGCUGAGGAGAGAAACCCAUACUACCCCAACCAAAAAGACUACUCACUUCUAAAUCUUUUGUAGUCAUUUUUGUAUUACUUUAGUAUAAAUACAUGUUAAUUUGGAUUCAUAUGUUGUUUUUUUCUGACUAUGUGAACGAAAAGACACAAAUUCGCCCGUUUUCUCAUUGGAAAUAGGUAAAUUUCAAAAUAUCACUGUCCUGGUCACAAAAGCAAAGUUUGUGGGGAAUAAUAGCCAUUUUCUAUACUUUUGAGGCAUAAGCAAUUAGGAAAUAACACUUACUACCCAGGAACAAAAAUUGUGUUACAUAGUGAUAUCAGCACUGUGUGUCUCGGUUCCAUACUCAUGUAAGUCUGCUGGAAGAGAGAUGGUUAUGAAUAUGUAUUUUACUUUGAAAUUAAAAGUAUGCUGUGUCUACUGAAAUGUAAAGGUAGCAAAGGACAAGGCAUUGUCAUUAUGAUAAAUGUUUCCCCACAUAGGAAGCUCAAGGAGCAGGUUUGCAACUAUUGUGUGGAAGAAGAAUUCAAUAAUGAUUUCAAGCUGGAUCAUUUACUGCAAGUUCAGUGGCACCUAACCUAUAGCCUUCCUUUAUCUUAUGGUGUGAAUUGGAGAAUGACGAUUCAGAAUCUUGCAUUUCAAAACCUGGGAUUUAGUACAGUAAACCAUUGCCUAAUUUAAUAAACAUGUCAUACCAGUAUUAGAUGUUAAACUCCAAAUCCAGAUAAAAUCAAUAUGCUUGUUGGACUAUUGCAUUCUGUACAUUUGUCUAUGUGUGAGGAGCUUUUGAUAAGCCUAAAGGCUGUGCCCUAGGACCAAAAAGCCUCCCUUUAGAAUAGAGAUUACUGUGAUACAUCUGCUAAGAAAUAAAUAAUAAUAAUAAAUAAAUAAUAAUACAGAAUACCAUGGUAGGAGCAUAGCAAUGUGUAGUAAAUCAUUGUGAAGUAAGGAAAAGCAAAGAUCUGAAGUGGUAAACUUCAGGUAUAAGCACAGUAUUCUGUGAACAGUGCUGUAUUCAGUGUUGAUCUCUCGUGAGAUAGUUAUUUAACCAGCUAGGAAGAAUGAGGGGAAAAUGUGCUACAAUUACCGUUGGAAUAUUUUGGAAGAUUUAUUAUUAUUAUUAUUAUUAUUAUUAUUAUUAUUAUUAUUAUUACUAUUUCUUUUUUCGUAGACCAUUUGAGGCAUGUUGUAAAUGGGUUUCCUUGAACUCCCAACUAGACUCCUUUGAUGAGCUGCUGUUUGUGUGCUCUUCACUUCAGACAGGUUGGCUAGACAUUCCUUGGCAGCCUAAAAUAAACAAGGCUAUAAAAAUGGAAAAUUGGAAAAACAUAUUUGGCUUGCUUCAGUGAAGCAUUGAGAUGGUUUGAUGUUUAGCAAGUAAGUGACAAUUUUAUUAUAGGAAACAAAACAUCAAAAGGGAAGUUUUUAUUUAACAUUUUUUCUAGUUUAGACAAUAUGCUGGUAUCUGUAACAAGUAUGUGAUUCCUGUCCGUACCUACUGCAUGCAUAUUUGUAGCUAUGACUGCAUAAAAGUGCCAUUCAUUGCAAAAGGCAAUCCCACAACUGCAUGUUGAUGUAACCACCUCUCUCCAUAGCAUACUAUAGUAUAAAAAUGGUUUAGUCUGUAAAAUGCCUUCUGACUUUAUAAUAUAAAUAAUAUAUAUAAAAAAAUAUAAUUAUGCAUGUUUUUUUAGCAACAAAGUCUCAAACAAGGCUACAAAGCAUUCCAGCUGUUCUUACUGUCUGCCUUACAAGCUAUAAUAAAAAAAAAUGAUAUGUGUGUCGCAUACAGUACAUUUUAGACAAAGACACAUACUCGGGCAAUGUGUCAUAAUUGUAUAAUUGGGUCUAAAAAUAAAAACAGUAAUUGUCUCAAGUGUUUGUAACAUAGAAGUAGGGUUUACUUUAGGCCGAUAUAAUGUUCUAAAUGGUAUUAAACCAGAUCUAAUUUUAGUACCAAGAUAGUGGUGAAGUCUGUAGAACCUUAACAUUCACCCUAGGUGUUUAACUACACUGUGUAAAAAUGGAUUUCAGUUUACUAGUUUCACUGACCCAGAAUAACAGGUUUUUUUUUAUCCUCCAUGGCCAGCAGAAAACCUGCCUGACCAGCUUAAAAAACAGCUCUUGGAAUGUCUAGCAAAACAUGCAGUAAGUCUGCAGUAUGACCCAGAGUAAGGGAUACAUAUAUGUGAAAUAUUGUACUGUACUAUUUAAACAAAUAAAUAAAUAAAUAAUUCUGUUGGAAAAAUGA